UUCAACAACGUCACGUUGGAAUCCAUUCAUGAGUCACUAUCAAAACUUAAUUUGCCACAACUCCUCAUAGACUGGGUUGAUAACAUGCUUAGCAGCAGAAUCAUCAACUCGAGCAUUGGGGAAACAUCUGUCAGGAAAUCGGUCACUAGGGGCACGCCACAAGGGGGCGUCCUAUCACCGUUACUCUGGCUUUUGGUUAUUAACAACAUACUUAUAGAUCUAGAGGUAACAGGGACGAAAGUAGUCGCAUACGCUGAUGAUGUCGUCCUACUAAUUGCCGGGAAAUUCCCGCAAACAAUCUCGGACCUAAUGCAAGGAGCUCUAGUCACUCUAUCACGGUGGGCACGUCAAAACGGGCUAGGCGUGAACCCAGCAAAGACAGAGCUCGUACUUUUCACUAAGAAGCGUAAAUAUCCGUUAUUUACACUACCAAGACUAGAUGGAGUCACUCUAAACCUCUCACCAGAGGCCAAAUACCUUGGUACAAUCCUUGACCGACAAUUAAGUUGGAAGAGGAAUAUUGAGGAACGAGCCAAAAGAGGUUUUAUCGCACUCUAUUCUUGCAAGAACUCCAUAGGUAAAAGCUGGGGCCUCAAACCAUACAUCAUUAAAUGGUUGUAUGAGUCAAUCGUUCGCCCCAUUCUAACCUAUGGAUCUCUAGUAUGGUGGCAUUCUCUAAAGAAGCCAACUUACUCACGCAACAUUAACAAAGUCCAAAGAGCCGCAUCCUUACUAAUAACGGGUGCCUUUAGGAGCACGCCUCAAGCUGCGCUAGAUACUCUACUGGGUUUAAGCCCGCUGGCCAUACAUGUAGAGGAACUGGCAUUCAGGUGUGCUCUUCGGCUCAGGGAACUAGGUGAAUGGCGUAGUCAACCAUUUGGUCACUCUACGAUUCUAAGGCGUGUAAGGACUGUGGGAGAGAUAGCCUAUGCAAGUGAUUAUAUUUCACCACGAUUAAGCUUCUGCCCACCUGAAAUACACAUACCUGAAAGAGAAGCCUGGUCCCAAAACAGCCCACCUUUCCGCGGCAUAUCUGUAUAUACCGACGGCUCAAAGAUGGAAUGCGGUACGGGAGCAGGUGUCUUCUGUGACACCCUUAAUAUCCGUGAAUCCUACAAGCUCAGAAACAAUUGUAGCGUUUUUCAGGCAGAAAUCCUGGCGGUCAAAAAGGCCAUAGACCUGCUAGUCACGAGGAACAUAGAGGUCGGAAGUCCGGUGACUAUAUAUGUCGAUAGUCAGGCGGCACUGAAAGCACUAAAUUCCUUUACUAUCAAGUCUAGGGCUGUUUUAAGCUGCAGGGAAGCCUUGGAACACUCUAGGUUGUCAAUCAAGCUUUGUUGGGUUCCCGGCCAUUACAAUAUCACAGGUAACGAAACUGCAGAUGAAUUGGCCAGGCUAGGAUCCGAAUCAACUACAAUAGAAAUAGAUAAUUCGGUCAAACCACCACUGUGCCACUUCCUACAGAUCGUUCGCAAACACUACCAGGAAAAGACACAACAAAAAUGGCUGGAUGAAACGGGAUGUACCAUCUCCAAAAGAAUCUGGCCUGUGCUCUCAGAGAAGAGAACAAGAUCGCUGAUGUCAUUGUCUAAACCAGAUUUAAAACUUGUGGUGGGCAUCAUCACAGGUCACUGUAAGGUGAGGGCUAUGACCUCAAAAUGGGACAGCGAUGAUAUUGAUUACUGCAGGAUCUGUCAAGAUGAAGAAGAAAUUGAGACAAUCGAACACUUGCUCUGCCACUGCCCAGCGCUCAUUAACGUGAGACAUAAACUAGUGGGAGAACUAGUGUCACGUGAUUUGUCCUCUUUUUCUACCACGGACCCUGCAGUGAUCCUUCAAUUAGCCAGAAGGUUCAAGUGGCUAAAGACGACACGGCAAACUCAGCCGUAGACUACGUACUAUCUAUUUCCUACUGUCAAUUCUUAUACUUUCUCUAUCUUUCGCUCUAACUCUUUCCUAGGAUGAACACAAUGGACCUAUAGGUCUCCGAGUGGAGCAGUUGCUAAAUGCAGCUGUGCGUCCUUUAACCUAACCUAACCUACUUCAAAGAGGGAUCUUAAAAAACUUGUUCAUCUCUUUAAAUAUGAACUUAUGCUGGCGUAUUUUCCAUUCUAUAUUAAAUCUAAUUUACUCCCUCACUUGCUUCUAUUUUCUGAACAUUAAGUAAAUAUAUAUACAGGCUUUCUAAAUUAUUCCAGUGAUAGUUCAUUGCCUUAUUUACAAGCGUACAAAAGCAUUUUUGGUGAUAAUUUUCUAGCAUUUAAAUGUGAAUAAAUCUUUUGUGUCUUGUACCAUCGCCCGUUACCGUGAUACUGGUA